AUGUCGACAAAGCCAAAACCUUUAGUCAUUUUGGUUGUGGGAAUGGCAGGCACCGGCAAGACAACGCUAGUGCACAGGCUGCAACACUACGCCGAGGAGAAAGGUAAAAAGACGUAUUUCAUAAAUUUGGAUCCGGCAGUUGCGGAUGUUCCUUACGGCGCCAACAUCGACAUUCGUGACACAGUCAACUACAAGGAAGUUAUAAAACAGUAUCGACUGGGACCCAACGGUGCUAUCAUGACAUCGUUGAACCUGUUUGCAACGAAGUUUCACCAAGUCAUUGGUAUUCUUGAAAAAAAGGAAGGUCUUGAGUGGAUCGUUGUGGAUACGCCUGGUCAAAUCGAAGUUUUCACUUGGUCAGCAUCGGGGCAAAUAAUCGCCGAGUCCCUGGCGGCCACGUGGCCAACAACACUUUUGUUUGUCGCUGAUACAGCCCGCUGCGCAAGUACACAGACAUUCAUGAGCACCAUGCUAUAUGCGAGCAGCAUCAUGCUGAAGCAGCAGCUCCCGCUCGUCCUUCUCUUUAAUAAAACGGAUGUCGUUUCUUCAGAUGCCGCAGUGACUUGGAUGAAGGACCCGAAUGCGUUGGCGGAAGCGGUUAACAGCGGUACGGAUGGGAGUUACGCAGGGAGUUUAGUCCAAUCCCUCUCCCUUUUCACGCACGGCUUCUACGAAAGCAUUCCUUUUGCCAGCGCAUCUGCUGCGUCAGGAAAGGGCAUAGAGGAAUUGGAGGAGGCCCUCGUAGUUGCGAAAGAACAGUAUUUAAGGGACCGCGCGCCGCGAGUCGGCGAAAGAGAAAAGUUGGCGAAUGAGGACGCGAUUGCCGCGGAAGAUAUGAUUCGCGCGUACCGCGAGGACCGGAAGAAGGAUUAA